AUGACACGGGAACUUGAUUCGCAGCUCAUUGAGCUGGGGCGACACAUGCCGGACGGGGCUUCCUCAGAUGCCGAAUUCUGCGAUGGACCCGGCGUCGUUUCCCAGGGAAGAGCUUCAUGCCAGCCGGCAUGUUACUCGGACAAGGAAUACAUUGCGACUGGUUCAUAUGAAGCUGCAUGA